AUGAACCAAAAACUUAAUGCCUCCCCCCACACGGGCCUAGAAGUCACCGAAGGCGGACGAGUGAACGUCUACGUGGACGGAUCAUGCAGUUACAAUGGCUGUGCCAAAGCCAUUGCUGGAAUAGGCAUCUGGUUCGGGGACAGUAAUACCUGGAACACCUCUAAGACACUGAAGAAAGCCAGAGCCGCCAACAUAGUGGCUGAAACCCUUGCCGCAACCGAGGCCAUCAAAAUCUGCAAAGAAAAAGACAUCCAGAAAUUGAGAAUAAUAAACGAUUCCCAAUAUCUCAUCGACUGCGCACUCCAAUACAUGGGAAAAUGGAAGGAGAACGGGUGGCGAAAUGCAAAAAAACAAACCAGUGAUAAACCAAGAGCUACUCAAGGUGCUAGAUCAGAGCAGGGACGAGAUAGACGUCAUCUUCCAAUACAUCCCAGGACAUCGUGGAUUCUAUGGAAAUGA